AGUGACAGUGCAUUGAAUUUGCAUAUCUUAACUACUCAGCGGCUAUUGUCCAACCGCCACCGCAGCAAAUGGGCUACCAACUACCAACACAACAACAGCAGGUCCUAAUCAAUGCUGCUAAGGGUGCCCUUUUCAUCUCACUCGGCAACUUUCACGGUUUCGUGACUCGUCGUGGAGGAUAAAAGUCCUAUCACUUUUUAAUUGAAUCGCUUUUGAGGACUGUUUACCGCGAGUUUCCACUACAUUUGCCUACAUUUUUGAUCCAGAAAGCAGGCAUGGCUGUUGGACUCGGGAGGAGCGAGCCAAAGCCUCAGUGACUGCCUUGUCACACACCCCACUCUGAAGAAGGGAUAUGCAAGCUCUCAACACCGGACAGUUCUCUCGGGAAAUUCCUAAUUUUGCCAAGGGUCACCUGUUCUCCGGGCUGGUUUGUCAGCUGUAAAAGCUUCUAUUUUCACUUCUGUCCGGAGGAGUAUUACUGGCUGUGUAUGUUCCUGAUUAAGACCAUCCCUAUCCUCCACCUUUAAAUAGUCUGAUCUGAAGCUCCGUGCCAGGAAGGGACAGCUGGGACAUUGAGCAUCACUAUGGCAUCUGAGGACAUAGAAGCUGCUGUGUGUCGUGGGACAGUGCUGGAGUCUGCCGAGACCAGAAAUGACUUUGUCACUUCAGACUACAGCAUGUCUUGGAGUCAAAGCAAAGCACGCCCACAUUCUCACCAGCMAGAAGUUAGCGACCAGGGCAGCAGAGGCCGCUGCUCACCCCUCCCUCUGUAUCUGAAGUUAUCUUAUGACACUGGGCAGGGGAUGUUUUUGGAUGCAGGAUGCAAAUGCUGGGAUUACUCUAACCCUAAACAUGCUAGUGCCGUAGACCAGCUCAGCGCCACAUCUCUGGGGGAGCGGGGGUUGGGUGAUAGGGCCUGGGAGGCUAGUUGCAGAAGGACCUGGCACCCCAGUGAGAGACCCAUCGUWUCAGUUAGAGGGCACGGCACGGAGACUCUGGCCAUCAGCCUACGUGUUUGCAGGGGGCUGCUCGGCUACUCCGGAGUCAGACUCUCGGAGAUCCACCAUGUGCUGAAAGUUGACAACCUGGUCCACCCAUGCAGGAAGCUCCUAGCCUUUGCCAGAUGUGUGUGUCUUAGGGUGGAAUGGCCUCCCUACCUCUGCCCGGCUCAGCCUAGGUACGGGUACCGGRCCAGCUCCCAGAAGACCUCGGUGUAUGCCUGUCUGACCGGGGCCCUGCUGGAGGCCACCGCCGCCAUCGGGGCCCGCACUGCUCUGCCCAGAGUCACUGUGUGCUCCACUGGCCACGCCAUGCUCAAAGAGCGUCAGCUGUGCAGCACGUCGGUGUCGAGCGCCCUUCCGCCCAACGUGAUGGACAUCAGCAAGGAGCUGGCCGAGCUGUGCCACCUGAUCCAGUUCCCCGAGGAGAUUGCUCGGAUCCUGACGGAGCAGGAGCGACAGCUUUACCGACGCAUCUUACCCCUGGACUACCUCUGCUUCCUCACUAGGGACCUGGGCAGCCCCGACUGUAGCAAGCAGCUGCACCCCAGCCUCGAGGCCUCGCUGUCGGACCCGGCCUUGCCCACGCAGACCCAGAGAAACUCUGUGGAGGACCUGGUCACACGAUUCAAUGAGGUGAGCUUGUGGGUGACCUGGUUGAUCCUGACUGCGGGUACCAUGGAGAAGAAGAGAGAGGUGUUCUCCUACCUGGUCCAUGUAGCCAAGUGCUGCUGGAACAUGGGAAACUACAACGCUGUCAUGGAGUUCCUGGCUGGACUACGGUCUCGUAAAGUGCUGAAGAUGUGGCAGUUCAUGGACCAGUCAGACAUUGAGACCAUGCGCAGCCUGAAAGAUGCCAUGGCGCAGCACAAGUCUUUGUCCGAGUACAGGAAGGUGGCACUUAACAUCCCAGGGUGCAAGGUGGUGCCCUUCUGUGGCGUCUUCCUCAAAGAGCUGAGUGACGCGCUGGAUGGGGCCGCCAGCAUUAUCAGCCUGCGCCACUCACCGCACGACUCGCCAGAGUUUGUGACGGACUACGGCGGGCAGGAGCACUUUCUGCAGAGGGUGGGGCCAGACGGACUGCACAGCCACGAGAAGGAGGCCACGGUCAGUAACAUCCUGCAGAUCAUCCGCUCCUGCAACCGCAGUCUGGAGACGGAGAAUGGGGGCCACCACAAAGGCUUCUCCACCUCUCACAGGAACUAUUUCAUGGACAGGAACCACAGGUUUGUGGAGGGGGACCUGUCUGAGCAGGCUAAAGAGGUGGCAUUCCAGGGCACCGAUGAGACCCACCGGGCCUUUAGCCACGGCACGGAGCUCAUCCCCUGGUACGUGCUCUCCCUCCAGCCUGACGUCCACCAGUUCCUCCUGCAGGGAUCCACCGUCAUCCACUACGACCAGGAGAGCCACCUCGCCGCUCGCUGCUUCCUCCGCCUGGAGCCCGACAACUGCUUUCUGACCUGGGCUAAUCCCCAGAGCGGCAGCCCCCCCACAGAUCCCCCAGGCCUGGGUCAACCCGUAGUGAGCGGCCUGGCGGAGGGCCUGCUGGACCUCUCUGUGGUCAAGGCUGUGUUCAUGGGCCACCAGGGGGUGGACAUGUUUGCUGUGUGUCUGCAGAACAAGCUGUGUAACACCAUGAGCGCCGAGGAGAAUGGGGUCAGUCUGCUCUACGGGCUCCAUACUACAGACAACAGGCUACUGCACUUUGUGGCCCCCAGGCACACAGCCUGCAUACUGUAUGAGGGCCUGGUGGAGCUGGUCAACGCCAUGAGGAAGCUGAAGAAGUUCCCCGAUAAGAGGCUGCACUGGCUCAGGAGGCAGUACGUCCGCCUCUAUUGGGAGGAGGGCAGGUACGAGGGUCCCACCCUAGCUCAGGCCAUCAGGCUGUUUGGGGGGCGGUGCUGGAACAUGGGCACAGAGGGCACAGAGAAGCCCAGCGCGCAGAAGAACAGCUCCACCACCAAGAAGAAGAAGAAUGCUCUCGUCAGGAAAUACAGCGGGGACGCUACCGAUGACGAGACGCGCCAACGUAAAACCAAGAGCUGCAAGGACACCCUGUGCAGAAACGGGCCGGAGCUAUAUGACAGCGUGCACCAGGAAGAGUUAGAGGACKGCUUCCCUGGACCCUUCCCCCCACCGAGCUGUAAGAGCCCUGGUUCCCUGGCCUCUGGUUCCCUGGCCGCCUCCCCCAUCCUCUCAGGCAGCACCAAGGCCCAGCMAGGUGCAUGGAGCAGCAAGAGCUGGCACGGCCUAGGGAAGGGCUUCUUCAAGGGCUUCCAGGACCUCAUGAGCUCUGACAGCACUAUGAGCUUCAUCGAGUUCGUCGAGCUCUUCAAGUCUUUCAGCAUUCGGAGCCGUAAAGACCUGAAGGAGCUGUUUGACACCUACGCCGUUCCUUGCAGUAGUUCUGGCCCAGAGUCUGCCCCCCUCUACACCACCCUGAGGAUUGACGACAAGGACACGGGCCUGCAGCCUGACCUAGACUUGCUGACCCGUAAUGGAUCGGACCUGGGCCUCUUCAUCCGACCACGCCAGCAGACGUCGGAAAACCAGAAGCAGAUCUCGGACGCCAUUGCUGCAGCCAGCAUCGUGACCAAUGGGACGGGCGUGGAGAACGCCUCUCUAGGGGUGCUUGGGCUGGCCGUCCCACAGCUCAACGACUUCCUGGUGAACUGCCAGCGAAAACACCUGACCUACGACGAGAUCCAAAGCAUCAUCCAGACAUUUGAGCCUUGUGUAAGCGUACGUCAGAUGGGUUGGAUGUCCUUUGAAGGUUUUGCCAGGUUUCUGAYGGACAAGGAGAACUUUGCGUCUAUGAACGAGGAGUCUCAGGUGAACGCGGAGGAGCUCCACUACCCAAUGUCUUACUACUACAUAGAGUCCUCUCACAACACGUACCUCACUGGACACCAGCUCAAAGGAGAGUCCUCCGUGGAGCUUUACAGCCAGGUCCUGCUGCAGGGCUGCAGGAGUGUGGAGCUGGACUGUUGGGAUGGAGACGACGGAUCACCCAUUAUUUACCAUGGAUACACCUUGACCACCAAGAUCCCCUUUAAGGAAGUGGUGGAGGCGAUCAAUCGCACUGCUUUUGUCAACUCAGACAUGCCGGUCAUCCUGUCCAUUGAGAACCACUGCUCUCUGCCCCAGCAACGCAAAAUGGCUGAAAUCUUCAAGGYGGUGUUCGGAGUCAAGCUGGUGAGCAAAUUCCUGUUUGAAAGUGAUUUCUCUGAUGACCCGCUGCUCCCCUCCCCACUGCAACUGAAGGGAAAGAUYCUCCUCAAGAACAAGAAGCUGACGGCACACCAGGCUCCUGUUGACAUUCUCAAACAGAAGCUGGCCCACAUAAAGGCACAGACCAGCAACGGGGCCCCGGGAGGAAGCUCUCCUGGUAACCAYGACGAUGAUGAAGAGGAAGAAGACGAGUAUGACGAUGACUGUGAAUCCUUGUCUGAUGAUAACGUCCUGAAUGAUAAACCAGAAAGGAAGUCAUCAGGUGACAAGGAAGAUCAUCCCAUCACUGAUGAAAUGGCCAAGAGGGUGAAGAAAGCAGACAAUGCUGUAACCAAGUACAAAGGGAAGGUAUUUGACAUAGAGCUGGAAGAAGAUUUAUAUCCCCCCCAGAACAAGAAGGAGAGUCGACACAUCGCUCAGGAGCUCUCUGACCUCAUCAUCUACUGCCAGGCCGUCAAGUUCCCUGGCCUCUCCACCCUCUCUCAUUCGGCCUCUGGCAGAAGAAAAGACAGAAAGAACAGGAAGUCCGUCUUUGGCAUGGAUCCUGGUCGUAGUGGAGGCAGCCCCAGGGAGGCGGUACCAGGGAAGGGUAGCGUGGAGGGCAUCCGUCUGAGCUGGGAAGAGCAGACAUCGCCCGUGCUCAGCCCCAAUGCCUCAGUGAGUGCCAUCAUCCACACUCCCAAGUGCUACCACAUCUCCUCUGUCAACGAGAACACUGCCAAGCGCCUGUGCCGCCGCAACUCAGAGAAGCUGAUCCAGCACACCACCUGCCAGCUGUUAAGGACCUACCCGGCCGCAACGCGCAUCGACUCAGCCAACCCUAACCCUCUGCCCUUCUGGCUACACGGCAUGCAAGUGGUGGCUCUCAACUAUCAGACUGAUGACCUGCCCAUGCAGUUGAACAUGGCUCUGUUUGAGGCCAAUGGGCAUUGUGGAUAUGUCCUGAAACCUCCCGUGCUGUGGGAUCGCUGCUGUCCCCUCUACCAGCAACUCUGCUCCCUGGAGAAAGACAUGGAGAGUAUAAGCCCAACACUCUACUCUCUGACUAUUGUGUCUGGGCAGAACGUGUGCCCUGUCAACAGUGCGGGCAGCCCCUGUGUGGAGGUGGAAGUGAUGGGCAUGCCCGUGGACAGCUUCCAAUUCCGCACCAAGCCCAUCCACCGCAACGCGCUCAACCCCAUGUGGUCAGAGCACUUCCGAUUCCCCGUGCACUUUGAGGACACCUGCUUCCUGCGCAUCGCUGUGGUUGAGAACAACAGCUACCAGACCACCGCUCAAAGGAUUCUGCCACUACGGGCCCUCAAACCAGGCUAUAGACACAUUCAGCUGAGGACGCAGCACAACGAGCCCCUGGAGGUGUCCAGUCUGUUCAUCUAUAGCCGCAGAGUAGAGGAGAGCCCCACCGGCACAGCCCUGCCUGCUGCCAUGCUGUUUAGUUCUGAGGAGCGGAGGGCAGCCCAGCAGCACAAAGUGACUGUCCAUGGUGUGCCAGGUCGAGAGCCUUUCACUGUAGUGUCUGUGAAAGAGCAGACCACCGCCGGACAGCUACUGGACACGUUGCUGAUGUCCACAGAUGGUGCCAGUGAAUACUUCCUGUGUGAGGAGAAGGUGUCACUGGGGAAGGAGCGCAGUGACCGUAAGAGGUGUCCUCAGCAGCGCCCCGUAGCCCCUGAGGAGGAGAUCAUCAGGGUUAUCAACAGCUGGCAGCCCGAAGAGGGAUAUGUGGGCAGAAUCUGCCUUAAAACCAAGGAAGAGAUGGCCCGUGAGGACAAGAGGAAAGGCCUCUCGUUUGCCAGCGAGCUGAAGAAACUGACGAGUUGCAACCAGAGCGUCAUCGCCCCAGCCACACAAGAGAGCAGCCACAGUAAGGAUGAAAGCAGCARGGCAGCAUACUGUGUGCCUCUGACUGAGACCCAUGAGUGAGACGCUCGGUCUGCAGUGUGUGGAUGGAGUCCCCAGAAGGGACUCUCUCURCAGGACUCGAAGGCCUGGGUGGUGGAGGCGGAGGCGGAGAGGCUCCUCCUGGGGGGCGGUGACUAUCCUGUCCUUGGGAGCAGGGCCCACACCGGCUAUCUGACCCCCGCCCGGUUCCUCCCUCUGCUGAGGAACUGGAAGAUCCACAAAUGAUGCCAGGCCCCCCUCCACCACCUUAGAGCGCACCAGUAUUCCUGAACACACCAUGAUGAGUUGAGUUAGUCCCUCCCGCGAGUAAAGAACUUCCCCCAGAAAGUCCCAACCUGGCUGGCUGGUUGAGUUGGAUGGCGGCUCCAGAAUGAUGGUUCAGAGUGAAGGAAGGUCGUGUUAUCUGCUGGGUCGUUAGCUGCCCCCCUCUGUGUUCAUUAGGGUACACCGUAGCAAAACAUUUUGCAACGGAAAAAUACACAAGUGUUUCUUAUUGGACAAGUUUAGGUAGUUCCUCCUUGUUUCAGUCCAUUUUAUUAUUGUUUGGUGCCUAAUGAAUACAUCCCUGAAGUGGUGGCCGUGUUGAGACAGUUGCUGAAUGCAGCAGCCAGCCUAACCCUGCUCAGGCUGUUUUUUUUGAGAAUGAAUAAAGGCCAUGCUGUAUCUUCUACCCACAGCUGAGUCAUGGGCCUACUGUAGGCUGGUGUAGAAUGUCUGCAUGAACUCCAGACAGUGUAUUUAGUUGAKGUGCGGGAAGCAGCAGUAACUGCGGCUCCCAGCCUUUCUCCUGCUAAGAAUGAGGGCAUUGUGAAUGUGGCCAACAAGCUGGCUUGUUGUUUGAUUCCCUUUGGCUGCAUUUACACAGGCAGCCCAAUUCUGAUCGUUAGCCUAAUUAUUGGCAAAAUAGCUGAUCUGAUUGGUCAAAAGGCCAAUUAGUGAAAAAGAUUKAUGCAGGCCUUAUGUCCCAGUUUUCACAGUACUGUAAUUUAUAACUAUAUAGUUGUGUAUUUGAUGAUAUUUAGUGUUUUGCACGUARUAGUUUUGCUGUUACGUAUUUUUUUUGCGCCAUUUUUUUCGAUGGUUUAUCUUGUUUGAUAUGAAAGAGUGCGCUUCAGAAGUAGUGUGACGGUGACUGGGUUUUUGUUUUGGCUCCUUAAUCUCGCACUUUAGAUUUGAAAUUAUACAAUGAUUAUGAGGUUACUAAAGUGCGGACUGUCAGCUUUAAUUUGAGGGUAAAAAAGAUUUUGGAGAAUCUAAGAAUUUAAUAUGUUUUCGAAACAUUUCUACAUGAAUGUGGAUGCUACCGUUUAUUACGGAUAGUCCUGAAUGUAGCGUGAAUAAUGAGUGA